AUGCUGCUGAAUAAGUCCCCGCGGGGGUCUUUCAGUGUUCCUGUUAGCAUCACCCUGCAUGGCGCGCGGCGACGACACAUGCGGUACCAAGCCCAAAUGCAGGAAAAUGGCAAGUGGAGGAAAGCGAGGGAGAUGAAGUGCAAUGAGAAAGCCAGAGCUCAAAUCCCAGAGUCCAGCAUAGGAGAAGACAGAGCCGUUCUCUUGGGCUUCACCAUGAUGACCUUCUCCAUCCUCAUGUACUUUCUCGUGGGAAUCGUGAUGGUGAAACCAAGUCUCUACAGUGACUGGAAACCUAAUAACUGCACACUGGUGCAUAUUGAUUUGGUGGAUGAAAUGAUGGAUUGCCGUGGACUUGAUAGCUUUAAAUGCCUGCGUGUUUUGGUGAGCAGCACCCCUGAAAAAACACUUCGACUUUACCACGAUGAAGACGCUGUCAAAAAUAGGCCAAAGUGUUUCUACACUCCGAAAUGCCAACGAAACAAGACAGAACAAGAGGCUGAGGCCAAUAACAUCACAGAUGCAUUAAUAAUGAAAGGGGAGAAUCUGACAUGCUAUCUCAGUGCUACAUACCCGAAUGACGCCAUCUUUAAGAGGAAAUACACCGUUCAAACAGCCUUGUACUACCUGCUGUGGCCCAGCCUCAUGUUGUUUGGUGGAAUCCUGCUGGUGGGGCUGGUGAAGCUCAACCAGCAUCUUGCUUUCCUCUGCACUGAGAUCAGUAGAGAGGAGGUACUAGGCAAGCAGAGCAAACUGACGGAGGGAAGGAUCUACAGGCUCUUAAGACGGAAGACUGGAGGCGACUCAGUUAGAUAG